AUGGGUAUCCCAGAAUCCGAUGGGAUCUGCAAGAAGCACCCAAAUCUGAACCAGCUCCCGGGAGUUUGUUCAACUUGUCUUCGAGAGAGGCUGGCUCUGCUCUCUGUUUCUUCAUCGCAGAACAGAGCUUUAGUGGCUUCUUACUACUGUUCCUCCUCCGUGUCUUCUUCUCCUCCUUAUUCCACAGCUUCUAGUUCGAAUCACCAAUCUCCGAAUCGCCGCCAUAUUCGGAACGCUUCCGACUCGAGCGGUGCGAUUUCUAUUAUGUUUAAUAAUGGGUUGCGGAAGAGCAGGUCGAUAGCGAUCGUGCCGGCGGGCAGAGCACGGGACGCCGCGGCGGCCGCAGGGAAGAAGAAAGCAGGGUUUUGGUGGAAGCUGUUUCGAUCGUCCGGGAAAAGGACGAUGGAGGUUUUUACGCAUUCGAGGUCGAGUAUUAGGGACGGGUUUGAGAAGUAG